CCGACAAACCGCUUGUCGAACCCCACGAACUUUGGUGAAAAACUGUGACCUACCCUAGUGGCUGUGACGUGAUAGUGGUAUCGCAUGCGUCCGGAAUUGACCCCCUGGUGUAACCGAUAUAUGUGACUUGUGCAGUGAUUGUGUGAGGCCGACUUUUGAGUGUACCACGGAAACGUUCGGAUGUAAUCGCACGGUAUAGCACAAACGCAUGAACGAUGUCCGUCUAUGUAAGGGGUUUAAUCUCCAAAAAACUGAUGAUGGAAUCGAAAAACCGACCGGAGUGAUUCGUGGACGGGCAGAAAAAUGAAAAUGUCGGUAAAAGCGAGCGUGGGUUAAAAGAAAAAACAUGGCCAGCAAGGGUGCCGGUGAGGUGAUCGGCUUUUUCCUGGCUGUGGCGUUUUGCAUUACGUGCCCGGAAUAUGUGUCAUCAGCGCAACGGGAACUUGGCAAGGGGUUGCCGACAAACACCUCGGCCACAUCACCACCAGCGGCGGAGAAUGUGAUUCGGCCAGGGGUGGCGGUCGAGGCCCCCCGCCCCACACCCCGCACCGGACCCUACUUCGACUUGGCGGCCUCCAAAAACGUCACCGCGCUACUUGGCAAGACCGCCUAUUUGAACUGUCGAGUCAAAAACUUGGGAAACAAAACGUUAAACAUGCAAGUGUCGUGGGUGAGGCACAGAGACAUCCAUCUGCUGACAGUGGGCCGCUACACCUACACCAGCGACCAGCGGUUUCGAGCCAUACAUCUUCCUCAUUCAGAAGACUGGACUUUACAGAUAAAAUACCCUCAACACAGAGACUCUGGAAUCUACGAGUGCCAGAUAUCAACGACCCCUCACAUGAGUCAUUUUAUACAUUUAAAUGUCGUAGAACCAACGACAGAAAUAAUCGGAGGUCCGGACCUCUACAUCGAUCGGGGCAGCACUAUCAACCUAACAUGCGUAGUGUUGUACUCACCCGAGCCACCGGCGUACAUAUUUUGGAAUCACAAUGAUGCGAUAAUAAGUUACGACUCCCCAAGAGGUGGCGUGUCAGUCGUCACGGAAAAGGGGGAGACGACCACCUCCUUCCUCCUCAUCCAGCAAGCGAGGCCUUCUGACUCAGGGACCUACCAGUGCAACCCGAGCAAUGCUCAGGCUAAGAGCAUUGUUGUGCAUGUACUUAAUGAAGCAAAUUCGAUUUUCCCUUUGUCAGGUGAGUAUCCGGCCGCGAUGCAGAGGGGCGGUCAGGCCUUCGCCCCAACCUCACUCCACUGCGUGGUCCUCGCCGUGGGACUCUUCCUGGCGUUGUCUUGACAUCUGCAAACUGGUCUGUCCGUGUAAAUAGUGUCCCAAUCUAUUUCGCUGUUUAUAAUGAUGCUUGUGAUAUUAUAGCAGGUCCGAUUUUAACAUGGUGUUAUAUUUAUUCAAUUAUGAAUAGGGAUGUUGACACUUAUCGAAAUGUUUGUUGUUCAAGUACUAAUGUUUUAUGAAAUAGCUUACUUACAGAAUGUUCAUUAAAAACUUAAUAGAUUUUUGUAUAAACUUAUAAGCGUCUUAACUUUUUACAUUGGUUCUGUUUUUUUGUUGAGAGACUUACAAUUGAUAUACCUAUAAAUUCAUAUUUUUGUAGUUCUUCAGCUAAUUUUAUUCAAGAUAAGUUACUUCUUUGCUUUGCUAUUGAAUUAGUUUUCGUCUUAAUUAUAAAAAAUAAUUUUAUAACUUAAAAUUAAAUUUAAAUAAAAUAUAAUGAUUUGAGUCACAUCCUCUAUUCCAAGCGACGGUUUUUAAACGGAAAAAUAAAUACACUUGAUUACCUUUAAAAUAUGAAUAUUCAGUGAUUCAAUUUGAUUAAUAUAACCAAUUUCAAAGUUGUUUAGUAAAAUUAUCAUAUCUAUUUAAAAUGCUACGUUCCAUUUUACUUAUUUUUAUGUCAAUCAUACAAAACGGUUUAAUUUUAUUUCUUCAUCAAAACGUAUUCAAAAACAAAAACUCAUGAUAUAAAAUAAUUAUUUAACAAUCAACUCAACGAGUUUUGAAGUUAGUUGAUUGUAAAAUAAUAAUACCUAAAUGUCAGUUCAUUUAUGAAUUGGUAUAUUGGUAUUUUGAACCGCUUCACAAAAAUGUCACGAACUAAUUAAUGGUUGACGUGAGCAGUAUAUGAAAUGGAACGUAGCAGGCUUCAGAUAAUCAUAUAAUCCGAUAGUCGAUUUGUUCCUAGCCUAAUAAGAGACGAUAAGCUGCGUACAUCUACUUUGUAGAUUAUACAAUGACAGUUCUUUUGUCUUAGAACGGUGACCCAAUUAAUUUAUCCAAUGCAAAGUAUCUUUAAAUGUAUCUAUAUAAGUAUUUUUGAUACAAAAUAAAUUAAAAAUAAUAUAUAUCUGCCUACCUAUAUACGUAAGUACACAUGCGUCGCGGCGCGCGGCCGCUCGCAGUGCGCGUUGAGAGAGGGGAUAAAAGAGGGGAUAAGUUUUGGGAUGUAAAGAUUCUGUUUCACUCUCCAAUCAUUUCUGAAUGUCAUCUUGAUGGGAACCGUCUUCUUGUAAACAAACCGAAGUAACACUAUGUUGCUUCAAGUUUGUUAUUUGCGACAUCGAAUGAAGUAGCGGUUUCCAUGCUGUCGGCAGCACCCAUGCAUGAUCACAUGACGACUAAUUUCUAUUGCUUCACGUAUCUAACGAGGUACUAGAAACUUUUCCCAUAACAAUAUCUACGGAUAAUUAAAUUCCAAAAUAAAUCUAUAUGGAUUAAUUAACUUUUAAUUUGAUAAAUACCUACCAUGGGGUUCGUUCUAAGACUUUUGAAAAGUCAUGCUGUGACAUAUUUUAAUUAAUUAGGCGCAAAUAUCAGUGUAAGCAGCCGAAAUAGUUUUGCUAUUUCAUAGUGUGGGUUGUGUUAUGUAUUAUAUAAAUUUAAUUAAUCCCUGAGCAAGUAGAUGUGCUUGUUUCUUAUAUAAUUGUAUAUAUUCUAUCUUAAGGGUUAUGACUGUAUUAAUUUUCAUCAUGUUUAGUGUUAAGAAUAUCGUUUUAAUAGUAUCAUUCGAGUAUAUUAAUUAUGCCAUAGACAAGGGAAGAAGACUUCUUUUGUAAAUUUAAAGUUUAAAUAUUUAAUAACUUCAAAUAUAUAAAAAAAAUUAAAUUUUAAUUAAUAAUCGUCAUGUUUGCUUAUUUGUUGAAAUUUUAAUUAAUAUUUUUUUUUAUUUCAUUGAAAAUAAAGGCUUUAUUAUUAUUAUCAGAUGCAAAAGAAGCAUAAGAAUCAUUUUAACCCCAUACUACAUUAUAUUUCGUAUUAUUGAUACUCUUAAUUAUGAUACAAAACUAAAAAUAAUACUUGUUUAAAGAGAUUAUAUAUAGAAUAGAUAGAAUCUCUUCACACUAGCCUUUUUUCAAGAUCGUAGCCUGCGCUACGCCGACGUUCUACGAACAUCUACGCGAGUUCUCUUUUCUCAAGUUUUAUUGCUGAAAUAAAAGACUACGUCGUCGUCUACGCAAGUGUGUGUUUUCUCAAUUAUUAUUGCUAAAAAAAUAUCUUUUUUAAAACUUCAAACUUCAAUAGCAGGCCAACGAUCCGCCACCUAUCAACACACCUACAUGUGUAUAUUAAUAUUGUAUUUGGAAAUAGCGACUUAUUUCACUUACUGUUUUCAAAUUUUUCAACAAAUUCACUUCCUGUAAUUUAUUUUACAAGUUGCAUGGUAUGUAUCUUAUCAAUUAGUCGUAUUUUCCUUUGAGCUAUGGCAUACAAAUACAUUUAAAAUGUAGAUAGGUUGUUCAAAGUUAUAAUAUGUAAAGUGACCAUUUAUAGGCUGGUAUUAUUUUUAUCGCAUUCUCUUCCGUUAACUGAGAUGGACUUAAGUGAAGUGACUAUCAAAACAGAUAAUGGUAUGAACAAAACAAAAUGGUGAGAAAAAUGAAUAAACAGGAAUGAUAAACAGCUGACAAUACUAUAUUAACACAAAUGUUUAGAAAAUAAAAGUAUUGUACAUAAUAUGAUAAAAGAGUAAAGAUAUACGAAUCAUUCUAUCUAGAUAUAACUGUUUGUUAUAAGGAAUGUAAAAUUGUAAGUAAAGUUUUAGUGAAUAAUCAAAAAACUGUUGUAAAUACUAUGUAUAAAAACGACUGACACUGGUCAUACAAAAUUUACUUCCUUAUUUUGUCUUUUUUAAUUUAAAAUAAAAUAAAAUAAAAUAAAUAAAAAAGCCUUUAUUCUAGUAUCCAUUUACAAUUUUAACUUACAAUCUAACAUUAAUAAAAAAGAAAUAAUACACUAGAUACAAGUCGCCUGUACGGCGUAGGCCUCCCCCAAAUCUUUUCAUAUUUUCCUGUUUCGGGCUGUACGCAUCCAGGCCGUGCCGGUCGUUUGUGAGAAGACGUCUCUCCAUCUCCUUUUCUGGCGACCUCUUUUUCUUUUUUCGCCCCUUGGUACCCAUUCCGUCACCCUUUUGGUCCAUCUAUCGUUCUGCAGUCUACAAAUAUGCCCAGCCCAUUUCCACUUUAAGGAUCGGAUCCUUUUUAUUAUAUCCGUCAGUUGUGUUCUUUUCCUUAUGGUUUAGUUUCUUACUCGGUCCUUUAUUUUUACGCCCAGUAUGCUUCUUUCCAUUUUCCUCUGACAGAUAGAAAGUUUAUCCUCCUCUUCUUUUCUUAGUGACCAUGUUUGGCAUCCGUACGUUAGGCAUGGUAAUAUUGCAACUUCGAACAGUUUCCUUUUUAUACUCAUGUCAUGUCUUUUUUAAUUUAAUACUAUUAAAUUACACACUAGUCACAUUUUAAGUCAUAGUAUUCAAGAUAAAUUAUUAUUGACCACGUUUAUAGCGUGGUCAAUAAUUAUUGAUCUCUUAAAAUAAGUCAAAAACAUCGUGGAAUGAUUGGGUUCAACAAUAGUCUAAAGGGCAGGAAGUCAAAACCUAAGCAUUUUGGAUUUUUGUCAGGCCCCUUAACUAUUGAACUACUGAGGUUUAUUUUUCCCAAUUGUAAAAAUCUUUUGUGGGUUCUUAGUUAGUUUCGUAUACAUUUGGGGGGUUUUAAUCAUGAGCCUGUUCUUGCAACGCGCAGUAUUAACGUUGGGGAUGAAAAUAUGACCACCGCCAUUUAAGCUAGAUUAUGCGUUCUAUACACUUAAAAGUCGAAGACGCCAUGUUUUAAAAACAAAUCCAAAAUGGAAAAAAAAUAAACUAGUUUUCAUAUUCCGGCAAAUUAAAGUUAUUGCAGUUUAUUUAUAACAAUAUAAUAAUUGUUUAAAGUAAUAAGAUUUACGUCAACAGAAAAUUAACAAAACUGUGUUGACUUCUAUUUUAUAAAUUAUUCCAACUAGUAGUUUUAACAGGUUCAAAUCAAGAAUUAAUUAGAACAAUUAAAAACUUAAUUAUACUUAAUGGUAAACAUGCCGAGGCAAUUUUAUUGCCUUUAACACUGAAUAAAAUAUUUUGAAUUAAUAAAUAAUAAUUAUACUUACUCAAGCGAACCAACACACGGCUUCAUAACUUAAUCCAUUUGACGCGAAACUACCACUUAAAAUAGGUUCAAACAUUGCAACAAAGUAACCAGCUUUAGUACGUUGUUUUUAAAUAAAUUCGAUAACUAACAAAAUAUUUUAGAAAAUCCAAAAAAAUUGAGUUAGUCUCAUUCAACGAUUCUCGUCAAAAUUAUUUACCUAGGUCGUUGGGAGUAGCAGUCUUAAUUCAAGGUAAUGAAGCUUCAUAAUAAUUAAAAUACCUCCAUUCAAAUGUAUUCAGGAUAAUAAUAAUUGUUUAUAUUUGCAAUGGUAGUUGUUCUUUGUCUGUUUUUGCGUCAUUUAUCACGUCAUAAAAUAAUAUUUUAAUUAUUAUGGCUGAUAAUAAUUCAAAGGGAAACGUGAUUUUAUUUCAAAGUAGAGUAUCGAUAAAAUGCAUUUAAUUUUUAUGUCGUGCAAUUUUAUUGAAAGUAUCGCCGCUCGAUCAAUGCCAGAUAACGGGAUACUAUAAUAAUGGAAAUGGCCGAAACGAAAAUAAAUUGUUUUUUUAAAACAAUCGGAUUGGAUAUGACGUGCAUAUUAUGGUCAAUUCAAUCAGAAUUAAUAACGAUCGAUGUAUUGGAAUCGGAGAAUGAUAGUCUUUUUAUUAGUAAAACUUUUGAUUAAUAUAAAAUUUUGUGUUUGUUUUUAUAUAUUUUUUUGAUAAGUUAAUAAAAUAAGCAAAUUAGAUUUUUUAGGAAUACAUAACAUACCUAAUUUGUUCUGUUUUUUUUUAAUUAUAUGACCCGUGUACAGUCUAUGUAAUUAAACAUAUUAUUAGUAUUAUAAAUAGGUUAAAUUUUAUAGUAUUAAUAUAGGAGAAAGUAUAAAUUUUACAGUUUAGAUAAACGAAGUAAUAAUAUUUCAUUUAAAAAAAACAUCUGUAUAUUACCUUCCUCUAAGCGUGAUCUUUCCUUUAGUAUUAAAAUAGGAAUUAUAUUUUUUUUAAAUAAUUAAUAAAUGUCACAGAUUACUUAGCAAAUAUGUGUUUACGAAUUAGUAAAAUUAAACAAAUAUUAAAUUAAGGUGGAAACAUAUUUAUAAUAUCUAAUACAGCAUGGUGUCUCAUCAACCUUGGAAUUUGACUUUACUAUUAUGCAUAACUGGGCACUUAUGCAUACUUAACUAUGUUAAGUAUGUUUCCACCUAUAUUUUGUUUUAAAGGUCAAAGCACAUGUAAUCGUUCCCCGUCCUAACACUUUUUUAAAAAUUACCCUCAUCUGUAGUAUUGAGGUAUCGAAGUGCUUUUAAAGACAGAUGCUGUCAUUAAAUACUAAAAAUAUUCUAUUGAUUUAAAAAUCAACUCUAAAAUGUAUAUAUCCUACAAACUUGAUACUUUUCUUUUGAAGUUUUGCACGUGUAAAGAUAAAACUCAUGUUCUAUUUUAUACUUAACAGUAAAUGAAAACUUGAUCGCCAAAUAGACGUUCAUGAAACCCCACAGCAUAUUAUGAGAGUUUUUCUAAAAUUUAAAAGGAAUCUAGUAAACAGCUUUAGCGUCGACGCACGGCGAUGCCUUCACAUUUUGCGUUCUAUGUUGUGUCUUCCAUUUCACCAAUCACAAAACAGCACCUAAAUGUCCUGUAAUUAAAAGUAUCAUUACAAUGCAAUGAUAAGGUUUUUAGUAAAACUUACAACCAAUAAAAUGUAAGAUUUCAUUCUUAUUACAAGUUGAUUCUGUUAAUUUGAACAGUCUUUAAAGUUAUAAUAAAUUUGGGUAGUGUUUAUACGAAAUCAACAAAAACAAUAAACGUAAUGAAACGUUUGUUAAUUUUACAAACUUAAAAACAUGCGAAUACUACUAGUGAAUAUUAAAUUAAAUUGUUUCAUAUAGUAUGACUCAACGUCUAUUUGGCCGGCAAAGUUUUAUAAUUUAUUUUUGCACAGCAAAACAUCUCUUUCAUUGUUAAUGACACCUGUGGACGACAUUCUUUAUUUUCAAUAUUCUUUUUGAUAAAAAAUUUUUUAAAAAUGUCUGUGAUUUUCCUUUUUAUUAUAGAUAUCUAAAAUCAAAAUCCUUUUGGUGAAAGGUAAAGGUUAUGAAAUACAAAUUUUCACGUCAGAAGAUAGUUCUUUCUCAAGGGACUUAUAAUGUAUUUAUCGAAAGUAUAUAUUAGAAAUUGUCGAAAAGUAAAACAAAAGAAUACCUAUAUAUCGUUUUAUUAAUUUUAAUUCUGUUUCCUUUUGUGACUUUGUUGUCGUGUAAACUACUCGUGUAUAAUAAUAAUAAUACCCUUUUUUUGGACCCCACACUAAGGGUGCCACUUAAGGGUCUCAUUGACAAUGGAAGAGAGCGUCAUGUAAAAAACAUUUGUAAAUGGGUCUCUACAUGUUGUCCGAUAGAAUUUUGAAAAUCAUCUUUGUGUAAAAAUGUAACAAGAGAUAAAAUAUUUCGCCGAAAUAUUUUCCUCUGUAUAGGUUACGUAACAGAUCUCGUUUACUAUAACCAGUUAUUAUUAUGUGGAAAGUUUAUUAUUGUACAAGUAACAAUAGUAUAAAUAUUUGUUGUACGUAUUAUGGAUACUCGGUCGUGUCAUUUGCACGAUCUAUAAAUUACAUCUAUAAUAAACAUUAUAAAGAAAAAUAAUAAAGUUUAAAAAAAAUUGCGUUUGUUUUGACCCAAUAUCCUCCUGAGUAUUUUUCAAAAAUAUGCUCAAAAUAGAUCACAAGAGAUUUAUAAUAUGUAUAUAAUUUCAAUAUAAAAAUUAUUAAUAUUAAGGAAAAAGAGAAGAUUUUAUAGAAAAAAAUUACCACCAGACAUUUCUGAUAUAAACCUGUAAGAUUUGUUUCUAUCAUAUUUAUGGUACGCAAAGAAACUGUUAGGUACAACCAAGAGUUUGGAUUACGGUGGUUUGGCUGGUUACAUGGGGUCCAUAUCCAUACUCAUCCAUACUCAACUAAAAUAGAAUAGGCUAUCUUUAAGCU